UGGAGAAGGCGGGAAUAAUAAGUUGAAUUAACACGAGUUAAUCUUAUGGCAUGGCUCGACCAUGCAGGCGUGAUCCCUCCUGCUAAAUGUUACGUUAUGUCUUUUAUUCAUAUUAAAUAUAUUGUUCCAUCUCUAGCCUAAGCUUGUUCUCUAUCACGUAUUGGUAAUUGUUACAAUGCGAUGAAUUGGUGUAGACGAUGAUGUAACUUCCACGUAAGAUCUAAUAGAUUAGGCAGUUACAUCAUGAUAAAUCUACAAUUUUAGGAUUACGUCUAUUAUUAGAGCAGUGCUAAUAUCAUAAAAGACCGUAAUUCAAAAUUGGUGACCCCGACUUGAGAAACUCAACCUCUAAUUCUUCAUCCAUAUUUCCACUUUAACUUUUCCGAUCGAUAUUUACUUAUGUAAACCCAUUAUUCUAAUAGUCCUCUGAUUAAUGCUCAUAUGUAUUAUCUUAACAUUAUAUUGAUUAUUACUCAUAACUUACUAGCUUAAUCAAUAAUAAAAACUGAUCAUCUACAUCAACUAAGUAGCUUUGAUGGUUCGUUAACAAGCUUUAAUAGCAUUAACAUGCUUCAGGGAAACAAACUUGUUUUAACGUCAAGCUCUAGCAAAUAUGACAUGUAAAUAACCUAAAUAUACAUGGGCUAACAAUGCAAUCAAGGACUAAAUAGUUAUCUGGAUCUGAUUCUUAGUGUUCCCUCACUUAACACAUCCUAUUUUUAAACUAUACACUAUCCUGCAAUAUCUUUUCUUCCGACCACUGCCUGCCUAAUUUCCAAUUGCUGAGUUCCAUGGCCAAACAGGAUGCAAAUGCUAGAAAUUUACGGUGAGUUUGAACUAUAGAUUUCCUGCGAUCUUAGGUCUCGUUUAGACUGUUCGUCAGGCAAUGCUACAUAUUUGGCUUAAAUUAAUUUUGGACUUACACAAAUCCAGUUUUCAAUGCUGGGUUAAUCCAAUAAUUUAGUCGACAGUAUCUCGUGUAUAGUCCAGAUUCGAAUUACUGUCCAAUUCAAAUCAUCAUUACUUGGAAGCGAAAACAACCCAGAUAAGACUACUUAGCGCAAUUCCUCUCUAAUGAAUGCUGAAAAUGUCUUCUGUGACAAAAUAUCGUUCAAAAUCUUUCCCGGACUUGUCUGCUUUGGGAGAUUCACCAGCGAUGAUUACGUGCUUGCGUUUGUUACUUCCUCAGAUAAAGUUUACAUUUAUAAUCCGAAAUUUCACCAUUCUUCUGAAGGUAUCACUAAAAUCUUAUCCCAAGAUUUUAUUAAAUGUAGUAGUAUUCAUUCAAUAUGUGCAAUUCAUACAGGCAGAUUUGAGAAUACUUCAAAUCGAAAUGAUCUAUUAAUAAUUGGAUCGAAAUAUGGUAUUCUAAUCUAUGAUUCAAUAAAUAAUGUGGAUAUAUUUUGGAAAGAAUUAAAAAAUAAUGGUGUGAACACAAUUUUUUACAAACAUUUCGAUGAACAGUAUAAAUAUUAUAAGGAUACUGAUAUUAUACUUAUUGGGGGUCAUUGUUCAUUGAUUGGAUUGAACUAUUCAGCCAAAGAAUUAUUUUGGACUGUAACUAGUGAUAGAAUAUCUGCAAUAACUUGUUUGUCAUAUGAAAACGAUGAAGAAUAUCACAAUGACAUUGUUGUUGGCUCUGAAGAUUAUACAAUACGUAUAUUUCGUAAUGAAUUAAUUAUUCAUGAAAUAUCAGAAACAGAUGCAGUAAUUAAACUUAUUUCACUUGGUGGUGAGUAUUUUGGUUAUGGUUUGCGAAAUGGUACUAUCGGUGUAUACAAUAAAGUGAAUCGAGUAUGGCGUAUUAAAUCAAAAAACAAGCCUAUGUGCUUUGUCAGUCAUGAUAUAAAUUAUGAUGGAUAUCCAGAACUAAUUUGUGGUUGGAACAAUGGAAAAGUAGAUGCUCGUUUGCGUUCUAAUGGAGUAGUUGUAUUUAAAAUUCAACUAGAUGAUUGUGUCGCUGGUAUGACAGUGGGUGAUUACUAUGGUUUUACCAAUGUAUUGCUUGUUUGUACCACUGAAGGUGACAUACGCUGUUAUUCUGUACGUCACUCGAAGAAUCACUCGAACUCAGAAUCAUCUGAAGAUACUUUAUGUCAUUUAAUCACUAAAAGACAGAACUUAUUAUUGGAGAUUCAAACUAUUGAUCAAAAUAGCAAUUUAUCCCAGUGGAGUAAGACUCAAAUUCGUCAAGGAAACCUUAAUAUCAUUAAAGCUAAUACAGAAUUACAGACUAAACUGGAAGUUUCUCAUGAUAAACCAUGUGUUAAUUUGACAAUUCAAACAAAUGAUGGUACACUUUUAAGAUGUGUUGUAUUAUUUGCUGAAGGUAUUUUCAAAGAAGAAAGUCAUGUUAUACAUCCUCCAGAGAAUGUUUCUUAUACUUCCACAUUUUCGAUUGAAUUAUAUCCAACAAGAGAUAUAGCAACUGAUGUAUUCAUCAAAGCAUAUGCAAUACCGAUAAACAAAUGUUCAGAUCAAAACUCCUACUACUUAUUGGCUAGCACACAACUGUUGCCGCAGUUUUGCCUCUAUCGAUUACUUAGUCAAAAUCCCAAAUUUGACUUUCAUGUUGAUUUGGAUAGUUUGCGAUCAGGAGUCUUCUUUAUAGUGCAUGAACGACCUCAGAGGCUUGCUAUUUGGUUAAAUCAAAAUUUUAUUCUGGGAUCAGAAAUUAUAGUCAAUGAACAAUCUUCAUUAUUUGUUGUUUUUGAAGAAUUACGCUCAACUAACAAAUGGAUUUCAACAAUAAAUAAUUUAAAUGAAAUUUUGAAUAAUAUUAUUGUUCAACAAGAGAAUUCAAAACGUUUAUUAUACAUAACUAUGACAAAUAAAGGUGAAAUUACAAUAAAAACUGAGAAUUUAGAAUUAGCUGCUAACUUAGUUCAAUCAAUCAGUCGACAUUUUAAUAUAACAGAACUUUCAAGUACAUGUGAUUUUCCAGAAUUAUUUAAUACAUUAGAAGAAUUAAUUGAAAUGUCUAAUGCUUAUUCUUUAACUGAACAACAAGUUUUGAUGGAUAUGACAACUAAAUCAGAUGAUAUCAAAAGAUUAGUUGUCAAAGCAGAAGACUAUAGGUUAGCCGGUAAUUGGAAAUCUUUGAAAAAAGCAAUUCAACUAUUGUCAAUCGCAAAUCAUGAUAUUAUGUCCAAUUAUUAUUCACGGACUACUAAUUAUGAAGUUUCAAUGGAUUGCUUAAAAUAUAUAAACCAAAUCAUUGAACAUGUUAGUUCAUUAAGAGUCGGAAAGUUUAAAACCAAUGUAAUAACCAUGUGUCAUAAUGCAUUGAAAGAAAACAAUAUUGGAUCAUUGAAGAAAAUUUUUCGAACUGGUUCGAACUAAAAUUUUAAUUCUACAUUUACAUGUGUACAGUGUGGAUCGUUCGUUUAAAUAAUAAAGUUCAUUGUCUUCUGUUUUCAUCAUUCACGAAAGAAUGAGAAUGUUCAAAUCUCAACGGAAUUUCAUUGAUAUUGACCUUUACAAAUUAACUGAAGAUGAUGGCAUAGAUUAGAGGAAGGAUCGCCUUAACCUACUAAAUCUAUCUGUGUUGAAAUUUUCAGUUUUUGUUACAAUCGAAUAUUGAUAUAUAUGUCAGACAAACAUUCAUAAGAUUAUCACGCGUUUCAUUCUAUUUGAGACUGUAGAUAUCACUUCCCAUGAUAAUGAAGCAUGAACCUAGUAUUCUUCUCUCCAAAUAUCAAAUCGUUAUCGUACAAGGAUCUUAUGUAUAUCAUCAUAGACAAAUCAAAUUUAGUCUUGAUUAUUAUCAACCAAAAAACAAAUUUUCACGAAUAAUGAUAGUCAAACGUUCACAUUCUGUAAAUACGAUGGACAAUAUGUGAAUAAUUCGUUUAGUAUCAUUUAAAACCGGGGAGAUAUUGAAACGAAUCUCUAGAAUUUUACUACUGUAUUAGAUUAUUAUUAUUAUUAUUAUCAAUAAAAAUUCUUAACUCCAUUUCAGGAAUCUCAUAUGAAUAAAUGAUUAAGAGUCUGUGGGUUAAA